AUGGGCUGUAGAUUUUGCAAUUUAAGAGGAGUAUUGGAUUUAAAAUCAGGAGUUAAUCAUGUGUAUUAUCCUUUAAAUUAUCUAACAACCAAUGGUGAAAACUUAUAUAACAUAGAAAAUCUUCCAUUACGAAACCACAAAUCAUAUUUAAACAAAGUAUCAAUAUGGAAAGCUGCAUCAGAUAAAAAAAAGAUGCAAAAAGAAACUGAUUUAUAUAAACAAAUUUUACCUUCACAACCUUCUAAGGAAUAUAGUUCACAUCAAGUAAUUUGGAUUAAAGAUGGCGGAGAAGAACUUUGGGCACCAAGUUUAGAUUAUACAUUAAAUAAUAAAGAAUUUACUGCAUUAGCAAAUUUUUAUCGUGCUAAUUUAAAAAGACCAAUUUUAGAA